GAAAACGAAGUAAAAGUUUCAGACGUUGGCACAUCUAAAGAAGCAGGAUACAUUACCGGUACAUUUGCUGGAAGCCCCGCCUACAUCCUGCCAGAAGUGCUCAACAAAUCCCAGGUGUAUAGCAGCAAAGUAAACAUCUACAGUCUUGAAAUAAUGUUGUGGGAGCUCUGGUACGGAGAACGAGCCUUCUCCAGAUCAGUAUCACUAGCACAUUUCUUUAGGAUGGUGGAUAACGGUGGUCGUCCAGAACAUGUGGAAGGUUGCCGAGAACCUACCCAAGCCUGGGAAAACCUAACGAAGGAGUGUUAG